GUUCAAGGCACCAAGAACCUGGACACAUCAACCGAGGCCAAUAAUCCGUUAUGGAGCAUGCCUUUACCCCGUUGGAGCCCCUGCUUUCCACUGGGAGUUUGAAGUACUGCCUUGUAAUUCUUAAUCAGCCUUUGGACAACUAUUUUCGUCAUCUUUGGAACAAAGCUCUUUUAAGAGCCUGUGCUGAUGGAGGUGCCAACCGCUUAUAUGAUAUCACCGAAGGAGAGAGAGAAAGCUUUUUGCCUGAAUUCAUCAGUGGAGACUUUGAUUCUAUUAGGCCUGAAGUCAGAGAAUACUACGCUACUAAGGGAUGUGAGCUUAUUUCAACUCCUGAUCAAGACCACACUGAUUUUACUAAGUGCCUUAAAAUGCUUCAAAAGAAGAUAGAAGAAAAUGACUUAAAGGUUGAUGUGAUCGUGACACUGGGAGGCCUUGCUGGGCGUUUUGACCAGAUUAUGGCAUCUGUGAAUACCCUGUUCCAAGCGACUCACAUCACUCCUUUUCCAAUUAUAAUAAUCCAAGAGGAAUCUCUGAUCUACCUGCUCCAACCAGUAAAGCAGAGACUGCAUAUGAUAUUUAAUUAUAACAGAGAUAUUUCAUGA